UCUCUCUUGCUCUCUUUCGUCAGAAAUCAGCUGAACGAAGCAUUUUCCUCAAGUUUGUAUAAAUACAGAUACGGUUUGUUUGAUUUGGUGCCUGGUGGAGUAAAAUAGAAUGAGUAGAAUUGAUGAUACGGUUUGAGAUUAGUGCAUGGCAUCGUAUAUGCAGCUAUCGAGAUUUUUUUUGUUUAUUUCAACGCUGUGGAUUCGUUAUGUUCCAGUCCAAUCGUCGCAGUGACCUGGUUUCGUUCAUUGUUAAAAGCUAGUUGAAUUUACGUUAGGUGUUUGUUUAUGCAGAAAAAACUUGUUGAUUGCAUCACAUUACUAUGGGCAAUUUGUUCAAUAAACCCAAAAAGGAACCAGCACCUUCAAAAUUUGGCGGCAAUGUUUCCGCUACAGGAUCGCGGAAUACACCGGUGUUUAAUGGAAUUCAAUAUCCAAUCGAAGCCGAUUGUUGGCGAGUUCCCAAUGUACCACCAAGUAUUAACGGAUACCCUGCAGCUUCGAGAUCACAUGAUUCAAUAUCAUCGGGCAAGCAAGUUCUGGCACAGAACCAAAAUGUUGUUACCGGAAAUAUUUUCGGUCAGUCAAUUGAUAACAACAUGAUCCAUUACACCCGAAUGCCAGAUCUUCUUCCAGUUCAAAACACUUCACAUUGUUCAAUCACACGGUCCAAGGAGAGCGCUGCAAAAUCAUCCGACGUGAACCGAGAUACUCAUUUUACUAUUCGGAAUACCCAUACUUUGAGAAACUUACCACUGAUGGAGGAAGUUAAUCCUAAAUUGCGUGUUAGAAAUAAAACAGAUAACACAGUCGUAGAACAAAAAACUGCGAUUGCUCCGAAAGCUCCGAUUCAGUUGCAGACGAUAACAGCACCGAUAGUCACAAAUUACAAAAAAUUACAAAGCAAUCCACAGCAACAACAGAACACCGCGGUGCAAAAAGAUCAGACCAAGAACAAAAUCGAGAAUGUUAAGAAAAAUGAACCCAAGAUCAAGGCCGAGAAUGUAACGAAAGAUCAACCCAAGAACAAGGUUAACAAUACAAAUAAAAACCAAACCAAGAGCAAGUUCGAUAGUGCAAAGAAAAAUCAACCCACAAACAAGUUUAACGCUGGUAAAUUGAAUACUGGAAACAAGUCAGAAAUUGACAAAGCUGAUGCGAAUGUCACGUGGUGUUGUACGGUUGUGCGAGUCGCACAGCGAAAAUUCCUCAAAGAUGCGACCUUAACAUGUGUAAUAUGUCAGUCAACGUUCUUGCUUCAAGAGGUUUGUCAGCAGCACAUGUACGCGUGUGCCAUUAUGCAUUCGCUUAAACCUUCAGGCAGGCAGAUGUUUCAGGUGAAGAUGGACUUUGUUCCGGGAUUUACUUCAAAAGUUUUGUUGACAAUAUCAAACCAAUCAGCAGCAGUACUUAUCUUGCGCUCUGUAGUGAUUACCGAUAGCAAUGGAAGCCAGAUACCAGUGUUCUGCGGUGUGGCAGUACUACGGAUGGUGCCAGAUUAUAGUUUCGAGGAAGAGGUUUCACUGAGCUCAAUGAUAUCGAGUGCUGAGCUGAACCCAAAUUUACAGUGUUCCUUGGUUAUAGCAACCUCCUCGUUGGUUGUUGAAAAUUACGACAUUGUCGAGAUCCACCGGUUGAAGAAACUGCCCGGAGCUAAUGGAAUCAAAAAACGAAGAACUCCUCUUAAAUUCGGAAGUUUGCCAACCAGUGACAUUCCUAGUGCAGUUAGAACUUUGUACGAAUGCAAAUUCAAGAAUAAAUGCGCCUUAGCACCGCAUGAAAUCAAAGUCCUCGACCGAGUGGAAAAGUCUAAGAAUAAUUCGUUGACCCGGGUCAACUAUAAAAGUCAGUUGAAACUACUCAAUCAGAUCGAAGAUCAACAUCUGCGGGAUGAGUUUAACAGCUACACAAUCAUCAAUCCAAAACUGCUACAUAAAAUGGACAGAUUCUAUACGCUUUCGAUCGACCAAUUCGAGAAACGGCCUUCGCUGAUUAAGGAAGACAUCGUAGUCGCUGUAAGUGUCGACAGAGGUCACCGGGAUACUACGCUAACCGGUAUAGUGGAUCGUGUGGACCCAACGCUGAUUGUUAUUUUAAUGGAAAGAAAAUUGCCUCUCGUAAAAGUUAUCAAGAUUCGUUUCCUACAAGAUGGAACCAACUUCAAAUUGGAAUAUCGAGCUUUGGAAUUAUUAGACGAUGGUGUUGUAGACAACAUGCUGUUCCCGCAAAAAGAAAGGCCGAAUGUGGAAAUUGUGCAUUCGAGCUUUCAAUGGUUCCGCUCGAGCAUAGCAUCCAAUGAAGAACAAAUGACGGCCGUACGGAGCAUUGUGAACCGGACAUCAUUUCCAAGCCCAUAUCUACUAUUCGGACCACCGGGCACCGGCAAGACCACUACAUUAGUGGAAGCCAUCGCUCAAAUUUAUACACUUCUUCCUACGUCCAAUAUCCUUGUGUCGGCAUCUAGUAACUUUGCAGCAAAUGAAUUAACGGAAAGAUUGUUGGCUGCUGUUCCAGAUGAAAGCAUAUACCGAUUUUUUUCCCGUUCAGUUGAACGGAAACUGAGCGAGAUAAAGGGCAACGUACUGCAGGUUUCGAAUAUGAUCAGGGGAACUUACGAAAAACCGUUCUACGAAGAUAUCUAUCAGAGUCGAGUAGUCGUAUGUACAUUAGCAACAGCAGGUCGGCUAGUGCAGGCGAACAUAUCAACGAAUCAUUUUAAUUACAUUUUCAUCGACGAAGCCGGUAGCGCCAAGGAGAUAUCGACUCUAGUCCCAAUUGUUGGCAUCGCAACUAGUGGAAGUAUGAUCAACGCUAGUGUAAUUCUGGCUGGGGAUCCAAAACAGUUGGGACCCGUAAUCCAAUAUGAGUUCCUUAACCAAACCACUCAUAGUGUAUCCAUGAUGGAACGAAUGAUGGAUCACGAAAUGUACAAAAGGAAUCUCGUUACCAGAAAAUAUGAUCCAAACUUUGUUACUCAGCUCUGCGAUAAUUUUCGUUCACACAAAGCAUUGCUCGACUUUUCCAACAGGAUGUUCUACGACGGUCAAUUAAGAGCUAAAGCAGGGCCAGAAAUUACACACUGUUUUCUUCAUUGGCAUCGGCUCACAAAUCGUACAUUUCCAAUGAUUUUCCACCCAAUUAGUGGCGAACUAACUCAAGACCAAAAUUCUUCCAGUUUCUACAAUAAGCAAGAAGCAGAACAAGUAGUAUCCUAUAUUAAAGAAAUCCUAGCUUGCGGAAUAAACGAGAAGCAAGUGGAACAAAAAGAAAUUGGUGUCAUAUCACCGUAUGCUCGUCAGGUUAUUUUUCUAAAAGAACGCUUCAAGAAAUACGAUUGGCGUGAAAUAGAGGUUGGUUCCACUGAACAGUUUCAAGGCCGUGAAAAGCUUAUUAUUAUAAUAUCAACGGUUCGAUCCAACUGCAAGACCGUAGGAUUUCUGGAUAAUGUAAAACGGUUGAAUGUUACCGUUACCCGAGCCCGCGCCCUUACAAUUAUCGUUGGUGAUCCGAUUACGCUCGAGCGGAACAGACAGUGGAGACAGCUGGUAGAUUAUUGCCGGAAGAAUGGUGCAAUGGUUCCGACAGAAGAUUUCCCGAAGGCUGCUGGCAAGAAAGUGCCGAAAAAUUUUCACAAAAAAGGUACAACGACGAAAGUUUCUGCCAACGAAACUAAACCAAACGAUAAUAAGCAAAAUCUGGAUAAGGAUCAAAGCUUGGAUUGGGAUGGGAAUUCUCGGACGUUCGAAUCACUUAGAUUGCAAUUACAGCAAACUGGUCUGUAAAUGAGGUGGGCAAGCUUUACGCUCGAUGACGGAAAGUAAAAAUAAAAUGUGCCAAAGAUA